UUGGAUGCUGUCAGCCCGUGCAUGGCGCCUUACGACUCCUUUUGUUGGGUUGUCGAUGCCCAGAAAACACAAUGCUCUCGGGAUUUUUCAUAAGUGAUGGCGAGUCGUCUUGGGAGAGGAUGGAUACAUCUACUGCUAGUUCGCUUGGUCAACUGAACUUAUCUGACAGUGGACUUUAUAUCUACAAUCUGUCAGAGACUUCUGUAAACUCAACAGCUAUGGAGAACGUCACUAGCAUACUUAGCUCGCCUGGAGAAUCCCUAGUACCACCUGUAUCCUUGGGAACAAUCAUAACUCUGAGCAUUUUAUUUUUCAUUAUUGGUGUACUAGGCAUUGUGGGAAAUUCCCUGGUAAUAACGGUCAUCUUAAUAGACAGGAAAAUGAGACAAUCUGUGACCAAUGUCUUUAUUAUGAACCUGGCAAUAGCUGACCUCUUCAUUAUGGUUUUCUUCGUCCCUGAUAUAAUUCAGUUUAUUCUCAAUCGAGGCUGGAUGAUUGGUGGGAUGUGUAAAUUCAAUAGAUACAUCCAGGUGACGUGCCUGUACGUUUCUGUUCUUUCUCUGGUGUCUGUCUGCAUAGAAAGAUUUGUGGCUAUCGUGUUUCCUAUCAAAGCCCAGAUUUUGUGUAACCGAAGAAAGAACUUCAUAGUCGUGUCAUUGAUAUGGUCCGUCGGCAUAAUGUAUGGCUUACCAACUGCCCUGUACAACCGAGUCAUCCCUGUCCCUCUUCUGAAUUUCUCGUUAUGCUUGACGUCAUUUCCGAACAUGCUCGAUCAGCACAUUUACAAAUUUUCAGAAUUUGCAUUGUUCUACUUUAUUCCUGUCUGUAUUCAAAUUGUGCUUUAUGCGAUUAUUGGACAGCGGUUGUACGUCAGCACAAGUGAGCUUCACACCAAGUUCCAGAUGAGGAAGGAGUCGGGCUGUAAAUCUGACCGAGCAGGCGACACCAUUAAAGCCAGGAAGGGUGUCGUCAAGAUGCUGGCGGCUAGCGUAAUAGUGUACACAGUUUGCUACGCCCCGCCCCAAGUCUUGCUUUUCUACAAUGUUAUCUCCAACACAAAGUUCCAACAGACUUGGGAAUUUGUAGCGAUAGUCCACGUGAUUGCGUAUAUUAACUCAGCUGCAAAUCCUAUCUUGUAUAGCAUAUUUAGUCAGAAUUUCAGGAAAAAUUUCAAGAAAUGUUUAAAAUGCAUUUGUUUAAAAAGCAAAAAGAAGUAUACUCGAGUUAUGUUUGACUCGUCAAUAGAAUCCUCACGGAUGCUUUCCGGAAAGAGUAGCCAAAAGACCUCUAUUUCUCGUGUGUAAUGAGUAAGAAAAUUCAAUAUUUUUUCAACUCUAUAUGUCCACUUUAAUGUGUAUUUAUCUUUUACAUUUAUUUUUGUCAAUGCUAAACGUUAUUUCCACUAGAGUUUUCUGUCUUAAUGUCGAUCAUAUUUGAUUUGAAAUUUCUAUAAAAAUUUUGGAAUUUUGCUAUUUUCAGAGUAAUUCAAGGUCAAAUACUUUUCUUCUUCUUCUUGAUAAUAUAAUAUAAUAUCUAAAACAUUUCAUUUGAUUACAUAUCAUUACAAACAAAUUUAUCUCGCAACAAACAUCAUACCAGAUUUGAAAGUAUAAGGCAUCCCUGCUUCAAUAAUGCCCCUUCACCCUUGAAUUAUUACUCCACGAUCUUAAUCUCCAGAGUCUGUCGAGGUUAAAGUUGUUCCGUAUAGAGGUAUCACGUGGUUGAUGUUGCAUCCAUAACAUUAAACUGUCCUUA